AUGCGUGAUCCCAAAUUAGCCCCGGAAAGAUCGAGUACAGCGCUGCCGCUAAUCUUCUACGGCCGCAUCAUCCACAGCACUUCUCGCACAGAGGUCACGAUAUUGUCAAAAGCUUCUCUCGGCAUCAACAAAGACGGCAAGAUAGCAUUCGUCGAGACAGCACACGUUUCACCAGCUGAAGCGGCGAAAAGACACCAUGGCUUCGGCAACGCCUCGAUCAUCCACCUCAAACCGCUUCAGUUCCUUUUCCCCGGCCUGAUUGACACGCACAUGCACGCACCGCAGUAUCCAAACAUCUCGCUCGGGAUGGAAGGCGACCUGAAGGAAUGGUGUGAGGGCUGGACGGACCCUAUCGAGGCUUCCUAUUCCGACACUUCCAAGGCUGGCCGCGUCUAUCCUGCAAUGGUGUCCAACCUCUUGACCAACGGCACCACGACCGUGGCGUACAACAGCAGCAUUCACCCCGAUGCUACGAAUGUGCUUGCGGAGAUCUGCAAGGAAAAGGGCCAGCGAGCUAUCAUCGGCAAGCUUUGCAUCGAAACUGGAGCCACGCAUGGUAACAUGGAGAAGAGUGUGGAACAAUCUCUCAAGGAUGAGCAGAAGGUUGUCGAGCACAUCCUUAACAAGGUGGAUCCCAAGGGCGAACUUGUGCUCCCGUGUAUUCAGCCUCGUGCGGGCAGCUACGUGAGUGAAUCGCUCAUGAGCGGCUUGGGCAAGUUAUGUCACAAUGCGACGGAUGAGAAGAGUGGCCUUCGGAUCCAAGCACAUAUGUGUGAGACGCCGCUUGAAGUGUCGAAUAUGCAUGCCUUGCAUCCUGGCUACCAGAGCUACGCCGAUAUGUACAAUCACCACGGGCUCUUCGGACCACGAACCAUCCUCGCCCACUGCAUCCAUCUGACCGAUCGCGAUAUCGAUGUCAUGGCCGAGCGUGGCGUCGGCGUGGCACACAACGCGAACAGCAAUACAUGUCUACGAGACGGAUGGUGUCGGGUGCGACGACUGCUCGAGCGUGGUGUCAAGGUCGGGCUGGGUACAGACUGCAGCGCUGGGUAUUCGAUAAGUAUUCUGAAUGCCAUUAGACAAGCAAGUAAUGUCAGCCGGCAUCUGGCGAUCAGCACGGGCGACGAAAAAUGGGUGUUGAAGUUCGAGGAGCUCGUCUAUCUCGCCACCAUGGGAGGAGCAGAGGUGUGCUCGUUGAGCGACCGGGUGGGCAAUUUUGAGACGGGCAAGGAGUUCGAUGCGCUGGUGGUGGAUGUGGGAUUGGACGACAAUAUCAAUGUGCAGGGGUGGGAGCAUGAUGAGGAGGCAAUGUUGAAGAAGUGGGUCUUUAUGGGAGACGAUAGAAGCAUUCGAAAGGUAUUUGUUGCUGGAAAGCUGGUCGCGGGUAAAGACACGGAGGCCCAAAAGAGCGGAGCAAUGUGGAUGGCUAGCUAG